AUGGAAGAAUCAGAACAAGUUCUUCCUCUACUAACAAAAGCCAAAAAUCUGACAAACCCAUCGUCGGCCUCAUCAUCUUCAUCAUGCGAAACCAGAGAGCAAAGAGAGGAUCAUUGUAUACCAUUCUUCGUCAACGAGUUAGAAGAAGAGAACUCUCCUGUCCGAGAGGUAGCACUUACCGUUCCGAUAACAGACGAUCCUUCACUACCUGUCCUAACAUUCCGCAUGUGGGUCUUAGGAACUCUCUCUUGCAUCCUCCUGUCGUUUCUCAAUCAGUUCUUCUGGUACAGAAGAGAGCCUCUUACAAUCUCCGCCAUCUCCGCCCAAAUCGCCGUCGUACCUCUCGGGCGUCUCAUGGCGGCUAGAAUCACGGAUAGAGUCUUCUUCCAAGGGUCAAAAUGGGAAUUCACGUUGAAUCCAGGUAGCUCAAGAACUGACCAAAGACCGUUUAAUGUGAAAGAGCAUGUGUUGAUAACUAUUUUCGCUAACGCCGGAGCUGGAUCUGUUUACGCUAUUCACAUCAUCACCGCUGUGAAGGCGUAUUAUAUGAAGAACAUGACGUUCUUCGUCUCCUUCAUUGUUAUAGUUACCACCCAAGUAUUAGGGUUUGGAUGGGCCGGAAUAUUCAGGAAAUAUCUUGUUGAACCAGCGGCGAUGUGGUGGCCGGCGAAUCUUGUUCAAGUCUCACUUUUUAGAGCCUUGCACGAGAAGGAAGAAAGGACUAAAGGAGGGCUGACACGUACACAGUUCUUCGUGAUAGCAUUUGUUUGCAGCUUCGCAUAUUAUGUGUUUCCUGGAUACUUAUUUCAGAUGUUGACGUCAUUUUCGUGGGUUUGCUGGUUCUUUCCAUCAUCAGUCAUGGCCCAACAGAUCGGGUCGGGUCUUCACGGGUUUGGUAUUGGAGCCAUAGGACUCGACUGGUCAACCAUUUCCUCUUACUUGGGUAGCCCACUCGCUAGUCCAUGGUAUGCAACAGCUAAUGUUGGUGUCGGAUUUGUGUUGGCUGUAUACGUCUUGACACCGAUAUGCUAUCGGCUCGAUGUUUAUAAUGCCAAGACCUUUCCUUUAUUUUCUAGCUCUCUUUUUACAAACGAAGGUUCAAAGUACAAUAUCACAUCCAUUAUAGAUUCUAAUUUCCACCUUGACCUUCAAGCUUACGAACGUCAAGGCCCUUUGUAUCUUACCACUUUCUUCGCCCUUAGUUAUGGUUUUGGCUUCGCCGCUCUAAGCUCUACCAUCAUGCAUGUCGCUCUAUUUCAUGGAAGGGAAAUAUGGGAGCAAAGUAAAGAGAGUUUCAAAGAGAGAAAAAUGGACGUGCACACGAGGCUAAUGCAGAGGUACAAGCAAGUACCAGAGAGGUGGUUUUGGUGUACUCUCGCUAUCAAUAUUGGAGUCACAAUCUUUUCUUGUGAGUAUUACAAAGACCAACUUCAGUUGCCAUGGUGGGGUGUCCUCUUGGCAUGUGCAAUCGCCAUUAUCUUUACACUUCCUAUUGGUGUUCUCACCGCUAUCACUAACCAGGCUCCAGGAUUGAACAUUAUUACAGAAUAUAUCAUAGGAUAUAUCUAUCCGGGAUAUCCUGUGGCAAAUAUGUGCUUUAAAGUAUAUGGAUACAUAAGCAUGAAACAAGCCGUCUUAUUUCUUCAAGAUUUCAAACUUGGUCAUUACAUGAAGAUUCCACCUAGAAUCAUGUUUAUGGCACAGAUUGUUGGAACAUUCCUCUCAUGUUUGGUGUACCUCAUAACGGCUUGGUGGCUAUUGGAGACCGUCCCAAACAUAUGUAUUUCUAACUCGGUUUGGACAUGUCCACACGAUAAAAUAUUCUACGAUGCAUCUGUGAUAUGGGGACUUAUUGGUCCCCGUAGAAUCUUUGGAGAUCUUGGUUUAUACAAAUCCGUUAAUUGGUUCUUCCUCGUUGGCGCUAUUGCCCCAAUUCUUGUAUGGUUAGCCUCAAGAAUGUUCCCUAGACAAAAGUGGAUCAAGCUUGUGAACAUGCCGAUUCUAAUAAGUGCGAUUCGCUGGAUGCUACCCGCAACAUCCGUGAACUACACAUCAUGGAUUUUUGCCGGAUUUUUGUCUGGAUUUGUUGUGUUUAGGUACAGACCGAAUCUAUGGCAAAGGUAUAAUUAUGUGUUGUCUGGAGCACUGGAUGCUGGUUUAGCAUUUAUGGGUGUUUUGCUUUAUAUGUGUUUGGAGCUUGAGAAUGUGAGUUUGGAUUGGUGGGGAAAUGAACUCGAUGGUUGUCCUUUGGCCUCUUGUCCAACAGCCGCAGGUAUUGUUGUUGAAGGUUGCCCACUUUACACUUAAAAGCAUUUGUAACUCAAAUUCAAUUGAGAAAUGGCAAAAGCGUUUGUAGCUCUUGAAGUUUGGGCAUGUGCAUUAAUUUUUUCACUCUCAUAUACUUAGUGACAAUGUCGUGUAUGAGUUGUAAAAACAAAUUUAUUGGUAUGAAAUUAGUAGGACAGGUGUUCACAUAUUUGGUUUGAAUUUUUU